GCCGCCCGGGACCGGACGGGAGUGACGGGAGGGGCCAGCCACCCAGGCCGGAGGGGCUCCUUGCGCGUGCGCGCCGCCUGGCGUAACCCUGCGCGCCCACAACAACCUAGCCAAGCCUGGCGAAGCCCGUCACCAGAAUGAACAAAACGCUCUAAAGCCGAUCAACAAAGUCGAAGACAUGGGCUUCUUCCUGCAGCUCCGGCUGCUGCUGUGGAAGAACUUUUUGAUCCGGAGGCGGAACAAGCUGAGGCUCUGCCUCGAGGUGCUGUGGCCACUGUUCCUCUUCCUCAUCCUGAUGUGGGUGCGGACGCGCGGCCUCAAGGAAAUUCGCCCAGAAUGCCACUACAUGGAGAAGGCCAUGCCAUCGGCCGGCCAGUUCGCCUUCCUGCAUUCCCUGGUCUGCAACGCCCCCAACGUCUGCCACCUCAACAACGGCUCCAUCGCGCCUCCCUUCGACGACGGCACCAGGCCCAAGCUGACCGACUUCACCAACGAGUUCGGCCGGCUGCUGCUGGACGACGGCAAGCUGCCCAGACUCAUCCGCAACUACGGCGACAUGGGCGCCAUCGUCUCGGCCGUGGAGAACAACAGCACGCUCGACGACGACUUUUCCCUCCGGCUCCGUGACAUGGUGCUGCCCACGCAGUACGCGGACCUCUCCCCAGAGUGGCUCGGCAAGGAGGUCGACGUCGACAAGCUCGACCAGGCCAUGCUCUCGGACGACUCCCCCAUGGUGACGUACUGCUCCGCGGUCCCUGCCGGAAGUUCGCCCGAGCUGUGCACCGAAACCGCAGCCUUCAUCUGGGAAGACGUCACCGCAUCGGCGUACUCGUACAAGCGGGAGAACAUGGGGAGCAUCCUUCGGCCGUCGGCGUGGCACCGACUGCAGGUGGCCGUCCGCAGCAUGGCCUUGGACCUGGACGCCAUCAACGUGGACAAAAUCGACCACGGCGCUCUGGCCAUCUUCGACCGGCUGCGCGGCAAGCGCGACACGUACAAGGCCCCCGUGGAGGGCUGGUGCGACCUGAUAGAGUACGCCUCGGAAAUGCAGAUCCCGGAGAACGACUUCACGCGGGCGCUGCGUGGCGAGCAGAUGCAGCUCAAGGCGCGCUACAGCUCCGACCCGGACGAGCCGCCGGAGUGCCAGAUGAUCUUCAACAGCACCGUCACCAACCGGAUCCCGGGCAUCUCGGCCGUCUGGAAGGUCAUCAAGCCCUUCAUCAGAGGGAAGAUCCUGUACACGCCGGACACUCCGGCCGUGCGCUCCAUCAUGGAGCGCGUCAACGCCACCUUCAACAGGCUGCUGUUCCUGCCCGGCUUCGAGGAGGUGGACACGGACACCUUCUUCAACCGACUGGAGGGCGGCUUCCUCGUGCGGGAGCCGCCCAAGACCGAGGCCGGCAAGGCGCUGUACGCCGCCUCCUUCAAGCACAACGCCCUGUUCCUGACGCCCAUCCUGCUGCGACGAGGGGGCGAUCUGCGGAGGCUGCGCGACACCUUGACGAGGCGGCGGCCCGCCACGCCCGCCACCGAGAACCCCUCCGGCGCGCAGCCGUCGGCCGACACGACGGACACGGAGGACGCCAUGGGGGGCGCGCUUGACGACGCCUUCCAGCUGCUGAGCCGCUUCGUGAAGUGCCUGAACAGGCAGAAGGUGCAGCCCGUGGCCCCGGACGAAGCGGAGGACGAGGCCAUGGAGCUGGCGCGCACCAACAACCUCUGGGCCCUGGUGGUGUUCGACGCGGCGGGGCAGGACACCCUGGAGCCCUUCGUCAAGUACAGGCUCAGGCUGAGCUCUGAGCGAGUGGACAGCACGGUGGACAUCAUGGACCGGCGCACCAACUACCGCGCGCGGUCGCAGCCCCUCACCGACAUGAAGUACCUGACGUACGGCUUCUCGUACCUCCAGGACAUGAUCGACAGUGCCAUCCUGGAGCUGCACACUGGCAAGGCCGGGGACAGCAACCCCGGCCGCAUCCUCAAGCAGUACCCCUACCCGUCCUACAUCUACGACCAGUUCAUCAAGGCCAUCUCCAACACGUUCCCCAUGUUCAUGGUGCUGGCCUGGGUGUUCACUGCGGCCAUGGCGGUCAAGAGCAUCGUCUACGAGAAGGAGCAGCGCAUCAAGGAGACGCUGGGCGUCAUGGGGCUGAGCAACGGCGUGCACUGGGUGGGCUGGUUCGUCGACACGUUCUUCAUCAUGUUCAUCAGCCUCACCUGCCUGGCGCUCAUCCUCGUGUAUGGCAAGGUGAUCGAGAAGUCGUCCUUCGGCGUGGUCUGGCUGUACCUGCUGUCCUUCUCCGUGGCCACGCUCUCGUUCAGCUUCCUGAUGUCCGUGUUCUUCUCCCGGGCCAACGUGGCGGCCGCGGCGGCGGGGAUCAUCUACUUCACCACCUACAUGCCGUACCCGCUGGUGGUGCGCUUCGCGGACAUGAUCCCCUACUGGGGCUUCAUCGGCGUGAGCCUCGUGUCCAACAUGGCGUUCGGCCUCGGCGCCAACGUGUUCGCCUCGUUCGAGCAGACCGGCGAGGGGGUGCACUGGCACAACCUGGACCUGCCGGCCAACGCGGACGAGCUGGUCACCAUGGGCAUGUGCAUCCGCAUGCUGUGGCUGGACGCCCUCAUCUACGCCGUGUUCACGUGGUACAUCGAGGCGGUCUUCCCCGGCCAGUACGGGAUCCCAAAGCCCUACUACUUCUUCCUGCAGCGGUCCUACUGGUGCGGGACAUCCGCACCCAAGGACAUGAACGGCCACAUCGUCAACGGCAACUUGGCCGCCAACAACAUGGAGCCGGAGCCCUCCAACGGCAUCAUCGGCGUGGCCAUUGACAAGCUGAGCAAGACGUUCGGCGACCGGGCGGCGGUGGACGGGCUGUCCCUCAACUUCUACCAGGACCAGAUAACGUGCUUCCUGGGCCACAACGGCGCGGGCAAGACCACCACCAUCUCCAUGCUGACCGGCAUGUACCCGCCCACCUCGGGCACGGCGCGCAUCUACGGGCUGGACAUCCGCACCGACAUGGUGUCCAUCCGCGACAGCAUGGGCGUGUGCCCGCAGCACAACGUGUUGUUCGACAGCCUGACGGUGGAGGAGCACCUGUACUUCUUCGGGCGCAUCAAGGGGCUGGACCCGCUGCUGCUGCGCGAGGAGAUGGCGACCAUGCUGCGCGACAUGGGGCUGGAGGACAAGCGGCGCGCCCUGUCCAGCGACCUGUCGGGCGGCAUGAAGCGCAAGCUGUCCGUGGGCAUGGCCUUCGUGGGCGGCUCCAGGACCGUGUUCCUGGACGAGCCCACGGCCGGCGUCGACCCCUUCUCCAGGAGGGCCAUCUGGGAGCUGCUCAUCAAGUACCGCCACGGGCGCACCGUCAUCUUGACGACGCACUUCAUGGACGAGGCGGACCUGCUGGGCGACCGCAUCGCCAUCAUCAGCGCGGGCCGCCUGCAGUGCUGCGGCUCCAGCGUGUUCCUCAAGGGCCGCUUCGGCAGCGGCUACUACCUCACGGUGGAGUGGCGCCAGGACGGCAACGACGUCGCCAACAAGGCGGCCCGGCUGCGCCAGAUGGUGACGGAGACGGUGGCGAGCGCGCAGGUGGUGCAGGAGGUGCCGUCCGAGUCCGUGUUCGUGCUGCGCGACCGCCACGACGUGGAGGCCAUCACCACCGUGCUGGAGAAGAUGGACAAGAGCAAGGACGGGCUGGGCAUCGAGUCGUACGGCAUCUCGGACACGUCGCUUGAGGAGAUUUUCCUGAAAGUUGUCGAGGAUAAGGAACCCACCACCAAUGGAGGCGGAGACCUCAUUGAAGUGCAAGUGAAUGGUGUGAUGUUGCAGUACACGCCCCUCCCGUCCGGAGAGAACGGCGUGGUCAACGUGCCGCUGGGCGCGGACGACGACGCGGGCGUCACGGGUUUCGCCCUCCUGAAGCAGCAGUACCUCGCCCUCACCCGCAAGCGCUUCAACCACGUCCGCAGGGACCCCAAAGGACUCUUCACGCAGCUGGUUCUCCCGGCGCUGUUCGUGGCGCUGGCCCUCACCUUCACCAGCUUCUUCAACAUCACCUCGGUGAUGCCCGAGCUGGCCCUGGAGCCGCAGCUGUACGGGCCGCCCGUCGUCGCCUUCUGGCAGUUCGGCAACGACUCCAAGGACCCGUCUCAAAAGGAGGUGCACUUCGAGUCGAUGGAGCGCGACGGCGUGGGGUCCGAGCUGGUGCCGGGGCGUCGCAACGUGACCACGGAGCUGCCCGCGCGCGUGCUGCGGCGCCUGAGCCUGGCCAAGAGCGUCGCCUCCUCGGACAACACCUGCACCAACUCGCCGCCGCAGCUGCAGGAGGAAGACGGUAGCACCGCGACGCAGAACCACAUCACGCUGCCCGGCGGCGAGCUGUACUACAACGCCACUGACGUGGACGCGGAGCAGUGGAUCGUGGACACGUACGGGGACUGCAAGCGGAACAGAUACGGCGGCGUCACCUACGGCACGACGUACCCGUGGACCGCGGCGAGCAACCUGCCGAUGAAGGGCUUCAACAACAAGCCCGACAACCUCAGGGUGUGGUACGAGAACAAGGGCCACGCCACGGCGCCGGCCUACCUCAACGCGAUGGAUAACGUGGUGCUGAGGUCCCUGCUGCCGGAGGACAAGAAGAACGCCUCCAGGCAGUACGGCAUCCUCGUCUCCAACCACCCGCUGCCGCUCACGCCGGAGCAGUACAAGGACAAGACUAUAAACGAGGCGGGCAUCGUUCUGUUCCACGCCGUGGCCGUCAUCUUCGCCAUGAGCUUCGUGCCGGCCUCCUUCGUCAUCUUCCUGAUCGAGGACCGCGUGGCGCAGUCCAAGCACCUGCAGCUCGUCUCCGGACUCCGACCGUUCGUCUACUGGCUGCAGUCCUACACCUGGGACCUGGCAAGCUUCGCCGUGUCCGAGGUGAUGGUGGUCUUCAUCUUCCUCGCCUUCCAGAGCGCCAUGUACACCUCGGGCUCCAACCUCAUCGCCCUCAUCCUCAUCAUCUUCCUCUACGGCAUGGCGUGCAUCCCGCUGCUGUACCUGCUGUCCUGGCUGUUCCGGGUGCCGAGCCUCGCCUUCGUGGUGCUGUCCUGCGGCAACCUGUUCAUCGGCAUGGUCACCACCCUCACCGUCCUCGUGCUCGGCAUGUUCGAGGAGCUGGACUUGAAGCACAUCAAGGACAUCCUCGAGGUGGUGUUCCUCGUGUUCCCGCAGUACUGCCUCGGACAGGGCAUCAUGAACAUGGCCACCAACUACAUGAACGCCCAGAUUUUGCUCAAACAAGACAUGAUCUGGAGCAAGUCGGUGCUGGACUGGAGUGUGACGGGCAAGUUCCUGGUGACGCUGCUCAUCAUCAGCGCCGUGCUCGUGGUGGCCGUGUUCCUGGCCGAGCAGAGCACGCACUGGGUGCACCGCGACCACGCCGUGGACGCCGUCUCCAUGCCGCGGGAGAGCGACGUGCAGCUCGAGUUCAUGCGCGUGGACAGCGGCCGCGCCGACUCCGACGUGCUGGUGCUCAAGAAGCUGUCCAAGAGUUACCGCCGCGGGGCGGCGCCAGCGGUAGACGGCGUGUCCUUGGGCGUGUCGGCCGGUCAGUGCUUCGGCCUGCUCGGCCUCAACGGCGCCGGCAAGACGUCCAUCUUCAAGAUGCUGACGGGGGACACGAGCAUCAGCGGCGGCGACGCCUUGGUCGGCGGCACGUCGGUGCGCUCGCAGAUGGACGAGGUGCGGAAGCUGGUCGGCUACUGCCCGCAGUUCGACGCGCUCAUCCCGUUGCUGACCGUGCGCGAGCACCUGGACCUCUACUGCAGCCUGCGCGGCAUGUCCGCGUCGCGGCGCCCCGCGGCCGUGGACCGAGCCCUGCAACGACUCAACCUGGGCUUCUACCAGGACAAGCAGGCCAAGUCCCUCUCCGGCGGCAACAAGAGGAAGCUGUCGACGGCCAUCGCCUUGGUCGGGGGCCCGCCACUCCUGUACAUGGACGAGCCGACGACCAGCAUGGACCCCGGCGCGCGCCGGUUCCUGUGGAGCUGCGUGCAGUCCGUGGUGGCGCAGGGCAGGUCCGUGGUGCUCACCUCGCACAGCAUGGAGGAGUGCCAGGCGCUGUGCGGCAAGCUCACCAUCAUGGUCAACGGGCAGCUCACCUGCUUCGGCAGCCCGCAGCACCUCAAGAACAAGUACGGGUCGGGCUACAGCGUGGUGGUGCGCUGCCAGCAGCACCGCAUCGCCGAGGCGCGCGCGCUCGUGCUGCAGCGCCUGCCCGGCAGCUCGGUGGUCGAGUCCCACCUCAACCAGGUGAAGCUGCACGUGCCGCCGGGCGACCGCGACGACGCCAAGCUCAGCCUCGUCACCAUCUUCCGCACCAUGGACGAGGCGCGGCGUGGCGGCAGCGUCAUCGACUACUCCGUGUCGCAGACCACCCUGGAGGACGUGUUCAUGAGAUUUGCACAAAUGCAGAAGACAGAAGAAAACACGUCGUCAGGCUCCGGAGGGUGUUUAGACUGGUUGAAGAAGUGUGUCAAUCCAUUGCGCACUAAGGAAGUGAAACCCAGUUCAUCGAUGAAAAUAGAGUGAUGAGUUCAAGGCGAAAAGAAUCAUUCCACUACUAGAUACAGGGGAACAUACCAAGUAAAAGAAAGUACCUAUUGAGCAGCGUACUGGUAAUGAUGGCAAGGUAACUUAUUAUUAUAAUAAUUUUUUUUACGACAGAACCUUGAUUUACUUUAAGCAUUUCAAAUAACAAUUAUUUAAACUGCACUUUUUUGGUGCGGAAACCAACAAUAUAGGGACAAGCUGAUACAUGCUUUUCCAUUGAACAAUCUGGCUCAGUAUUAAUAAUUACUGUACAUCAUUUUUUACGUUAUAUUUAAGAUAUUUUAGGUAUUCAAUGUUAGUGGUCAUUUUUGUUAAUGAGGCACACUUGACGCUUUCAAGUGUGGUGAUGUUCUUGAUGUUGCAUCCUGUGAUUUUGUUGAGAAACGUACAGUGUUAGCCAAUGCAACCACAUUAUUUUAAAAUCCAAAAGCACUGUCAGAACUACUUAUGAUUGUGAUCCUGUUAGAUUCUUAGCAUCUAAUGAGGGCUGUGAAAUGAGAAUGUGAAAGACGACCACAAUUUGAGUGACAGUCACUGUGUGGCAUGUAUGUGAUAUUUUCAAGACGUUUGAAAUUGUCAUUUUUACCUCUGGGAAAGAAAUUCAAUCCUGUUCUAUAAAAGUAAUUGAUGCUUUUCUGUCUACUUAACUCUGUGAUACUUUGUUGUUUGGUCAGUUGCAUGUAAGAAUAAAAAUAGAAAAUGAUGGUUGAUAAUUUUUACUGAAAUAAUGUUGGGGCACUUCGUCUCUAAUGUUCCUGUGAUUGUGGUGUUUAUUUUUGUUCCUACAAGUGUUAAUAAAAUUUACACCUCUG